CAACUAAACUAUUGCUCCAAUCGAUAACUGAUUAUUUGAAUCCAAACAGCAGCAUAUAUAGUUUUAACUAAGGGUGUGCCCAGCAUGUUGAGAAACACGAAGCUCCUCAGCACCAGAUCCCAUCCAUUUUUACCCGCCAUAACUGCAAGACCUGGUCAAUUGUGCCACCCGUCAGUAUCUUCCUACCAGCACCGCUGCCUUGUGACUUCCCAAACUAUCCACAAAGAGAGACAUCUUGAGUCUGAUCUGGACCGACACCUACUCCGACCUGAGCAUAAUGAGAAUACUAAGUCGGGCACCGACGACGAAGCGGCUCACCACUGGUCUUCGUAUGAUCCCACUAUCACCGAUCCCGACCUUGAGGUUCUGGCCUGCGAGGAAGAGUGCGAACUCGAUGGUGAUCUAGAUGACCCUUUGUUCGUCAGUCCAGGCAAUAGGGAAGUCAGUCGCUUCCUUGAUCCGAUGGUCGGAGGAGCGGUGCAUGGUGCUACAAGACCGGGUCCAAGUGGGAGGGGCUGGACAAGAAAACAUAAGGAAGUGAUCAUCAAGAAAAUCCCCGGAAGCCAGUUUGAACGAUACGACCGGAUAUUGCAGGAGCUGAGGAAGGCAGAUAAGCAGGCCACGAAAUGAGUGACGUAGUGAAGGGGUCUACUAGGCAGGACAUAGUUCCGCAACUAAGGCCCAUUAUUGUCCGUGGUUUGCGAAGCGUCAACUCAAGUGUGGUUAGCAACCUUGGUUAUUGAUUGUUAGGUGAGUUGUUGAUGGAUGGUGAUUGUACAGUGUCGGACUAGGUUAUGUCCAGGGAUGGGCCAUGAUAUCACUUACUUCCAGAUUGUAUCAGAAUGUGAUAUAUGUAGUAAAAUAAGAACAAUGCAUUACAGAUUAUUUGAAG